AGCAGCGGAUGGAUAGAAGACUGCAGAACUGCAUCUCCGCAAUCUGGCCAGGUCAGACCAUGGCAUUCAUUGAAUCUAUUGUCUUCCUUUCUAUUAAGCGAUGAAGUCAUUCUCCAUGUGACGUCAUUCCCGACCGAGGCCGGCUUCCACGCAGCAUGGCAUCGCAUCGCAUCGUCGCAUAAAUCUUGCCUUCCUCAUCUCCUCCCACCUUCAUCAACUCCCAGUAAUAUCAAUCGAUCGAUCAAUCAAUCAAUAAACCCCUCACCCACUGCAAUACCAUAGCCACAAUGGACUCCUUCCCCAUGACCCGCAGCCGCCGCAGCGACGAGCUCGUCCGCCUCGCCGACCAACACCUACAGCACGACCUGCAGCCCGCGGACCGCGACGCGCUGCAAGCGGCCGCGCGCAAGGUGUCGAUGUGGACGACGAUCGGCUCGGCCGUUGGCGUGGGAUUGGGCCUGUACACCGCGUUCCGGCUGCGCAGCUCGCGCCGGGCCUUCUUCGAGGUCUUCCGCGCGAAAGAGAAGCCGACGCAGGUCGUGUUCGCCAACGGGCGCACCGAAUCCAUCCCCGAUAUCACCCCACUGCUGAAGCCCACCACCUUCGGCGACUUCGCGACCUACUUCUUCGCUUCUGCCGGCGGUCUGUUCCUGGGCGGGGAGCUGGGAUUCCUGGGCGGCGCUGCGUCGGGAAGUCGUGCGAUCACCAGCGAGCCCGAGCGGCGUAAGCGGAUCGAGAACGCCUUCCGACGGUUCCGCGCCGAUGUGCUGCGCAAGGAGGCGGAUGCGUUGGAUGGCGAUCGCAACAUCAUUGAGAAGAUGUUUUGAAGGGAGAGGAGUGAUAGAAGCACGCUGAGAGUGCUGGAUGCACGCUCUCGCAGUGGACGUAAUACCCCGUGGCUGUUUUAGCGAAUGGCCAAUGUUGAAUAAUCUUUCAAG